UUUUCCACGUUGUUGAAAACAGCCAAACUUCAUUACCAUUUAAUUUACAUCCAGGCACAUCAUUUCUUUUUUCUUUUGGUUUUUUACGUUCUUUGGCCCUUUCAUGUAUUCAAGUUCGUCCCUCCUUCGGUUUUUUCCCCUCAGAAUUGUUUAGAGACUGCAAAGUAUAAUCUUUUUUGUAUCUUAUUAUCCAGCAAUGGAUAAUCUAAGAAGUCCGUUCACAGGGGUCCUUCACGACUUCAAAGGAAGAAAAUCAUGUUACAAGCAGGACUGGGCUGCUGGACGUUGUACGGGCCUCAGGAUAUUGGCACCAACUACUUAUGUAUUCUUCGCUUCUGCUCUUCCCGUCAUUGCCUUCGGAGCUCAACUUAACCGAGAAACAGAUGGAAGCUUGAGCACUGUGGAAACUCUAGCUUCAACUGCCAUAUGUGGCAUCAUACACUCUAUCUUCGGAGGCCAACCUCUGUUGAUUUUAGGAGUUGCUGAGCCAACGGUUAUAAUGUACUCUUAUUUAUACAGCUUUGCAAAUGGAAGGGACGAUCUUGGCAAGGAACUCUUCUUGGCUUGGGCUGGAUGGGUGUGUGUCUGGACCGCUUUCCUUCUCAUUCUUCUUGCAAUAUUUAAUGCUUGUACGAUAAUCAAUAAAUUUACAAGGAUUGCUGGGGAGCUUUUUGGCAUGUUAAUUGCUGUUCUAUUCAUUCAACAGGCCAUCAAGGGGAUUGUGAGUGAAUUUGAAGUACCGGAUGCUGAAAAUCAAAACUCAGAAAAAGAUGGUUUCCAGUGGCUUUAUGUAAACGGGCUGUUGGGUGUUAUAUUUACGUUUGGACUACUCAUCACCGCUUUGAAGAGCAGGGGGGCAAGAUCAUGGCGAUACGGCACAGGGUGGUGUCGAAGCUUGAUUGCGGAUUAUGGUGUUCCAUUGAUGGUCGUAGCAUGGUCAGCAAUGUCAUUUAUUGUUCCUGGCAAAGUUCCUUCUGGAGUUCCCAGGAGACUUGUUAGUCCCCUCCCUUGGGAGUCUGCCUCGUUGGAGCACUGGACAGUAAUGAAGGAUAUGGCAAACGUCCCACAGGUCCACGUAUUUACUGCUUUCUUACCAGCUAUAAUGAUCGCUGGUCUUUACUUUUUUGACCACACUGUUGCUUCACAAUUGGCACAACAGAAGGAGUUUAAUCUCAAGAAGCCAUCUGCUUAUCACUACGACAUUUUCAUUCUCGGCAUUAUGACUCUGAUCUGUGGUUUGAUUGGACUCCCUCCUUCCAAUGGAGUACUCCCACAAUCUCCCAUGCACACAAAGAGCCUCGCUGUUCUCAAAAGACAGAUAAUUAGAAAGAAAAUGGUGAAGGACGCCAAGGAAUGCUUGAAACAAAAAACUAGCAAAUCUAUUAUUUAUGGCAGGAUGCAAGAAAUUUUUGAAGAAAUGGACUCGACUUCAGCUCCUUCUGCAGCUCAAGACUUGAAGGAUUUGAAGGCUGCAGUUUUCAAAGCUGAGGAUGGAGGAAACACAGAUUGUAAAUUUGAUCCUGAAAAGCAUAUAGAGGCUCACCUACCUGUAAGGGUUAAUGAGCAAAGAGUGACCAAUCUAUUACAGUCAAUUCUAGUGGGAGUAUCAUUACUAGCCAUGCCGAUAAUCAAGAAAAUACCAACAUCAGUUCUCUGGGGAUAUUUUGCAUACAUGGCUAUUGACAGUCUACCUGGAAACCAGUUCUGGGAAAGAAUGUUACUGCUUGUCAUUGCUCCUAGCCGGCGGUACAAGGUUUUAGAAGGGGCUCAUGCUUCUUUUGUGGAGUCCGUGCCUUUCAAAAAUAUUGCUGUAUUUACACUCCUACAGCUGGUUUAUCUUCUGAUGUGUUUUGGGGUGACAUGGAUACCGAUUGCUGGAAUAUUAUUCCCCUUGCCCUUCUUUCUGCUCAUAAGCAUAAGACAGCAUAUUCUCCCCAAAUUUUUUCAACCACUUCAUCUUCAUGAGCUGGAUGCAGCUGAGUACGAAGAAAUUCCUGCUGGAACCUAUAAUCACAAUCAUGGCAUUUUAUUCAAGGAGCAAAAUCAUUCAGGGGAUGAAGAUAGUGAAGUAGAAACGGACGAUCAAGAGCUAUUUGAUGAGCUGACCACUAGCAGAGGAGAGUUGAAGCUUAGAUCAAGAAGCUUCAGAGAAGAUAAGCAUGGUCAGGUUCAUCAGGGAGAGGUUGACCCAGAAAAUGGAAUGUACCAUUAAGUCGUUAACCUGAAGUUAACAGAAUGGAAACUGAUGAUUCGAUUGGUGAUCAAAAGAUUUGACAUAGUGAUAUGUGCAAAAAUGGCUAAGCAUCGUCCGUGCCUAGUAGUAAGGGAAGGCAAAGAAAGAAAUCCAAAACAGGAAUGAGGUGCAGAAAAAGAAGUGAAUGUUGAUUAACUUUGUUUUUUUCAAAAUUAUUUGUUCGUUAAACCAACUGAAAUGAUUUAAUAGUA